AGGCUGAUUUGGCUAAUUUGAUGGUUGUGACUGAAUGUUUCUUACUUCGCAAGUACCUAGCAUCCCAAGAAUAGGCGUUAGUGCAAUUAGCUACGGGCCAUCACACUGUCGAUUCUGACUCAUAUAGUUAGAUUUAGAGUACCUAUAAUAUAGAUACCAGUAAGUAAUUUGUUUGAUCGAAUUAUCCUCGCAAGAAGUGUUUGAACAAAACACUUGAGUGUCCAUCUCUAUCUUCGCACACGCUCGUUUGGUGUCAUCCUCGUUUCUUUCUGCCUCCUCACGCACGCAUCAAAAGUACGGCGCUUGGACUCACGCACAAGACAAUCAGCUGCAGAGACAACCCGUGUUGCGGUUUAACGGGCAGCACCAUCACUCCACCAGCAUCACUCCGUUUCACCCUGGUUCUAUUUUCGUGAAGACCCGAAUCAAAAUUCGAUAAAAUGGCAGAAGCAAAUAAGGUUUUCGUCGGUGGUUUGCCACUCGAGGCAACAGUUGAAAUCCUCAGGGAAUACGCAGCACCAUUUGGCGAAGUGAAGGAUGCAGUAAUCUACCUUUAGCUACCUUGUUGUAAUCAUGAGCAACAUUCUUUUUACUGUAUCGGCGGCUAUCGCUCUCACUACUACUCAUUUUAAAUGAAAUCAUUUGAUCAUACAUUUUCCAUUCUACAUUACACGAUGAAAUCUACUUCAAGAUGCCUUGGCACCUCCGUCAACAGGCACAAUCCCCAAACAUGAAAGGUUGUAAUGCAAGACAAGCUCACAAAGAGAUCUCGAGGAUUUGGCUUCAUCACUUUCAUUGAGACUGAAAGCGCCCAAAAGUGCCUAGCGACGCCAGGUCACUCAAUUAUGGGCAAGCCAGUGGAUAUCAAGCCAACAGAAAGUCCUGAAGACCCAGAUCCAGAAUGGAAACUAUUUUGCGGAGGACUGGAAGACAGCGUACUAAUUAUAUGAUUUCUUGAUGUAGUGAACAAGAGGUACAAGUACAUGCAUCUCAUAGACGUACAUGCAUUUCAACAUAGACCACAUAUUAGACAGAGUCUACAUCUAAUUUCUUGUUCGACAACCAUGCAACUACCCAUAUAAUGAAAGCCAAAUCACUUUUACCUUCAUUCUCCUCAUUCUCAUCCUCCUUUCCCCUUUUACCUUCAUUCUCCUCAUUCUCAUCCUCCUUAUCCCUUUUACCUUCAUUCUCCUCAUUCUCAUCCUCCCCAUCCACCUUCCCUUCUUAAACACCAAAAAAAGGUCCGCGAUGAGGGCUUGCGAAAUAAGUUUAUGGAAUUCGGUGAGCCAGCAAGCGCAGUAGUUAUGAUGAGGGAUGGCGCGAGUAGAAGAUUUGGAUUCGUAACAUUCAAGAGCGAAGAAGAGUUUCGCGCAGCUAUCAUGUGCCCAAGCGUACUAUAAUUUAACUUUAUUUUUGGGAAAAUCACCCUAUUAUAGUAGAAUAGUUUAUAGAACGGAUGUAGGAUGGACUUGGAUGGAUCGGAUGGACCCUCCCCCUGAUUCUUCCGAUCCUACUUGAAAUGGUGGGAAGUCCAUCCGUUCCAUCCGAUCCAUCCCAUCCCGGAUCUGGGACCCCUAUGAAUUAUUCUAUUAUAGAACCGUUAUCAGAUUUGAACAAUAGAACUAGGACGCUCCUCCACCAAAAGACUUGGCUACUAGAGUGUUCGAAUCGUUAAUCACUGCAUGGGUUCUCAUCUUCAGUACUACUGACGUUUCGCUUCAUAAACCUCAAGAAAUGUGAUACGUGAACAGGCCAACGCCUAAACCACUAAGCCAACUGCGCAGUUGGCUUAGUGGUUUAGGCGUUGGCCUGUUCACUUAUCAAAAUGCCUUAUAAUGAUCUUUUAACUUAUAAAUACAUAGCUACUAAUCUAUCACUCAUCCAGUGCAUAGCUCUUAACUCGGCAUAGCCCUCUCCCCCAUGCACACAGGUAGCCCCUAUACCUCAUGAAUAGGUAAAUACAUCAAAUCAAAUCACUAGGUCGAGAUCAACGGCAAAGUCGUUGACGUGAAGGUGGCACAGUUGCCCAAGGGCCACUAUUUUCCAACAGAAGGCAAGCUCUACAUCGGAGAAUUGGGGGAGACGAUAAAUCAAGCGAUGCUGCAUGAGCAUUUUGCGCAGUUCGGCGAAAUACUUCAUACCACAGUAAUGAUGGAUGCGGCAACUCAGAAGAGCAGUACAAGAACUAUUCAUCUGUUUCUUAGUCGUGCAAAAAGAAAAAGUAGAGUAGUAGUUCUUCUUCUAUUAUACCCCUAGAGUGGGUAUUUACAUUCAUUCAUUAAUUCCUUCAUUCUAGAAGUAGGUUACUUGCAUCUUCCGCUAGAUCCAAACUUUUUUGAUUCGUAUUUGAGCAAAGUUUUCAAGCAGCCACCUGUUCUUGUAGUGCUCUUCUAUGUAUAUGGCUAGUCUUCACCAUAUAGAUAGUCGAUUCUCACUCCAAAAACACCACAGAGGGCUUCGGUUUUGUGCAGAUGAAAGAUCCAAAGUUGGCAUAUGACCUCCUGAAGAAAGAGCAUAAUAUAAAUGAAAUUGCAGUCGUAGUAAAAUGCUCAGCCAAUAACGCACCGGCAGGCAGUAAGGGAAAAGGGUAUAUUUCCUAGACCUAGUGAUAUGAAGAUUGAUUUGACGAUGUUUUUUUCUGCUAGUACAGUCGCUGAGCUUGGUAGAAGCAGUUUUUCUUUUUACUUGAACUACUGGGAUAUAAAAAUAGUGAACAGCAAGCAAACUCCGUCAAUUCCCGUGGCUUGCAGACUCUGGCUCGUCUGCAAGCCACGGGAACCCCAGGAAGGUCAGCAAGUUUAGCCUUAACGAGACUGUCUGGCGAACCCCUUCCAUAAUAAUAAUAAUAAUGUUUUUCUUAUAGCGAAUAAAUAUAGAAAAUUACUUUAUUCAACACACUUACUCCAGUGACGAAAAGGGAAAGAAGGGCUUUGCUUUCGGCGGAAAAGGUGGAUUUUACGGAUACCAGGCACCAGGCCAGGGAGGCAAAGGUUAAGGCCAAUAUUGGAUAAAAAUUUUCUCCAUUUGAAAAUGAUUUUUCCAUAACUGUUAUUCUUUUUACUCAUAAUUUCUUGAAGAAGAACCGAGGUUUCUCGUGUACUCUUUCCUCUACAGAAGUCAGAAGUCUCAUGUUCUACAAUAUUGUUUUGUUAUAAUACAAUCUCCCACUAAGAAUUAGGAGGUUUCCAGGAUGUAACGAAUAAAAUUUUCGUUGGCGGACUUCCUCAGUCAGCCAACAAUGACAGUCUCCGACAGUUCUUUGGACAGUAUGGCGCAAUCAAGGAUGCCAUUGCCAUGUAUGAUAGGGAAACUGGUACUCUUCACUGCCUAAUUUUAUGUAGAGAUCCUGAUCAGAUGAUACUAACCUUCUUGAACGAAACCGAAAGAAAUGGAAUCCAUGACCCGUCAUCAGCUAUUCAAUCUCAACUAUUCGAAAACUGAAAAUAACCGAGUUACUGACUGAAAUAAGGGAGAUAGCCUCACGCCAAGGCUACUCUUCCCUCUCAUUAGUAUCUCGGUCAUUCUGAUCAGUUACUAUUAUCCUUGACAAAAAAUCUAGGUAAACCGCGUGGUUUCGGUUAUGUGACCUUCAUGUCAGAGCAAGACAUGUACACGUGCAUCGGAGAUAAGCAGAAUCACUACAUCGACCAAAAGUACAUCGAUGUGAAGAAGGCUGAUAACAGAUCCCCAGGAGGCGGUGGUGCUGGAUAUGGAUUUGCUGCGCCACAGGCAGCUUAUGGUACUCCUACUUUAUUAAGUAUCUUCUAAGUACUCGAAAACUGAAAAUGACCGAGUUAUACCGACUGAAAUAAGAGAGUCUCGACUGCAUUCCUCUUCUUUCAGUUGUAUCUCCCUUUUUAUUUAAGUACUAGCUACUCGCUUCAUUAUUACAGGCAGCUUAUGGUGCUUCUACUUUAUUUUUAAGUAUCUUUCUUCUAAGUAACUCAAACUAGGAAGAUGAGGAACUUAGCCCUUUGUUGAUGUUUCAAUCUUAAAUUGGUGAUAGUUCCAUCGAUCUCGAUUAUAUGCUUAUUCAUCAUGUUGAUGUAGUACAUAAUCUUCUUCUUUAUCAUCAGUAACAUUAUCCCCAUUUACUCAAGUCCUUGGUCGUUCCACUUACAGUUACACUUAGGUAAAUGUACAUGCUGGAGUCCUUAAGUAAAUUAUGCUGGGUUCCACCUGAGUAAAUGCUGGAACACACUUACAGUCCUUAACGAUCUUCCUCACCCUCCUUUGUUCCACUCCUCCUUCUCCAUUCCUGUACCUAACCUUUCCCCAGGUUACGGCCAAGCGCCAGCCUACGGAUUUGGCGGUGAGUAUGCUGCCUAUGCAGUAGAUCCUAACUACGCCUACGCAGCUGCUGCCUAUCCACAGCAGCCAUUCGGUGCUUAUGCAGCUUACCCGGCACAGCAAUACUACGCCGUCCCAGCAGCGGGACAGGGUAUUAUCCAUUAGAUAUUAGAAAUAGAUUUGAAUAUGGUUAACGUGGUGGUCGGUUCUAUUGUGGAUUUUUUUUGUUUAUGGUAGUGCUCGAGAUGCAUGAUUUUUUGUCAGUUAUUUUCUGAUGCAGGAGAUGAUAUUGCUAAUUGCUACCAACUGCAGCUACAACUACCAAGGUAAAAUGAUAAACACAGAUUCAGAUUGCCACUCCCCUCUUACUUCAUAACAGAACAACAAAUGGUAAUGACCAUGACCCCAGAUCAAAUGGCUAUGACCAUGACCCCAGAUCAAAUGGCUAUGUACGGCCAACAAGCUGCUUAUGCCGCUGCAGCUGCUAGACCGGCACCGUAUUAGAUUCGAGGAGACGACUCAGUGACUUCAGACUCGAUCCUGACCAUGUGACUUCCGACUUUAGAAACACUGCUGUAAGACGCUACGACGCAGAAGUUGUCCCUUUAGAGAACGACGCUUCUGAUCCUGUGACUUGAGCCCCUUCGAGAACAAGAGGCUCUUCUCAUUGGAUGGUCCACUGUACGAUCUGCUCUUCCGUAGUGGCUCAAGAAUGGAGGGAUGAUAAUGUUCUUGCAGCGGUUGCAGGGGAGCGAAGAGCAGAUUGGGAUUGGGAAUCGGGAUUGCAGGUCAAGUCACUAUAAUCACGACGUAGUCUCUGCUGUACUGUCAUGUUUACUAUUUUUCAAUCUUCAUCAGAAAUAAAUGUAUAAAUUUGUACUAGCUCCUUUCGAGGAUCCUUAUCUACUCAACACUUGAAAUUAAUUCAUCGAUUCAUCUGAGACUAAUUCUUAAUGUUAAACUCCGCGCUGAAAGUGAAAUUAUAAUGAAUACUUGUCCAUCGUUUUAAGUCGUGAAGAACUUGGAAAACAACUGAUUGCUCCUAAUUUGUGAUGUCGUGUCAAGAACUACAGCUGAGUACUUUAUAGUGAAAAGACUAAGUAAAUUAUCUUCGAACUUGUUCUCGAAUAACCUGACUCGUAGUGUUGAUUCCAUUCGUCUAAAACUUUUUUGCUGCCUAGAUCAAUCUAGAUUUUUAAUGUAGUAUUGAGCGCACGAAAAAUAAUAGUUGGUUGCGCUUUUUAUGACUGAUGCCAGAAGGCCAAUUGAAAAAAACGAUGAAAAAAAGAUGAUGUGGAAGCAGCUCCUCUCGUCCUCGCAAGGCAUUCAUUUCCUCCCUUGUAUUGCUUCGUGCUCAUAUAAUGAAGAUCGCCAGUAAAUGAAAAUGUUGAGGAGCAUGAUGGCUACACAAGGAAGAAAUUGAUGGAUCAUAGAAGAAGUGACUCAUCAGUUAUAGGUAUUAUGCUC